GCCAGGCUGUGGAUUUUAAUAGGAGGCAUUGUUAUUGAUUCUCUUUUCACGGCUUGUUGCUCUUCGCUACCCCAAAUACUGAGCUAGCCUCAAUCAAUCGAAAGUGAUUCUUUCUCAUUACCCAGCAUUCCGAUCGAGAUCAACACUGCCACUUCGACAAAAAGAUGGCUUCCAGAUUGGCGACAAAUUCAACUUUUAUUGGGACUAGAUCACCAUGUGAAUAAUAGCAAAGUCUAGCUUUGAUCGUUGGUUGCUUAAUUUUAUGAGUAAUUGGACAAUUUAACUAGGACAUUACCAAGUCAUUAACAGGAGAGGCACACAGGAAUUGUGUUUACACUACCGAGCUCAAGCGAGAUCCUCGUUGACAUAUUAGUCUCCAUUGACUUGGCUUUCAUACGUGUGGAACUAGAAGCAUUAAUCGAAUAAUCGAUAAAAGGUGCUUCAGCAGUCUACGUCACGGUUCUGUACUCUCAAGUACAUAUCCACCAAUGCCAAAGACCUAAAUACACAACCAAUCAAUACACGACGCUCCAAUUCAAGAGUAAAUUAGAGAUACUCGAGAAUUAGCAGAGAAAAGGCAUGGACCAAAGCUCUAAUUAUAGGAACAUAUUCAAUUGAUCAUCAAGCAGAAACUCUUCUCGUUUCGCCAAUUUUGUUUAUAUUUUGUGAAAAAUAGUUAGUUUGCAAGGAGGACAGCAUCUUAUCAAGGAUAAGAUCGACUUAAGCGAAUUGAGCACCAAUGAGCACGUCUAAAAUCAACUGUUCUUCCAACUGACGUUUGAACAAUAGACUGACAGAAAAAUCGUUAUUUUUGACUUACUUUUCUUUUAAUUCAAGGUAUUUUUUUUAGCUCUAUCAGGAUUAUCUUAAUCUUUAUUUAAACAAGGAAUACAAAAAGUGAUUAACCAUGGAUCCUUAUGAGCUGGAGCAACAUGUACGGUUCCUGCAUCUAUACGAUGCGGCCCUCGCAGAACAGAGGCAAGAAACUAUGUCUAGAUCCCUACGUAGGAUGCGACGUCAUAACUCGCAUACACAACUCGGACAGGUCAAUCGCAGUCACCCACCUCCGGUCAAGCGAGCUGACAGCAGCGGUCAGCUCGAGCUCCAUCGGAAAAGCUUUAGUCGGCCAUCGUCAGAAUCGGGGUACAAUUCGAAUCUCGAACAUCGACGUCUAAGUCGAUCUCUAGAUCGUGAGCUUACGAAGAGGAGCUCGACUGUGAGUGAUACAGGGACCUAUGAAGGAUACCCUCGGGUCCGUCGGGUCAGUGUGAUCAGGAAGGAUCCAGACAACCGUCCACCGACACCACCUAUCAUCAAACGAAGAGGGUCAUCAAUUCGUAGUCAUGAGUCCAUGAGUCCGAGUGUCAGGUUCUCCACCGUUGAAGACAUCAUGUCCGCCUACGGUCACGGUAAUUCCUGGAGUGGACGAUACAAACCUAGAAAGUCUAUCGAUCGCGAAUCGAAUAUUACCGCUAACUCAAUUAACGAAUUCGAUGAUAUACGCGGAAGACGUUCGUCCUCGGCGAGUCGUGGUCACGACGAGUUCGACAGUGGUCGUCGUUCUUCGCACGGACAUCGUAGAGAAUCGUCAUCGAGUCGGAGAGCAUCUGUGUCAAGUCGAAAAGCUUCGGUAUCGAGUCGGCGCUCUUCGGUGGCAAGCAGCUCUCGACGGCCCAGUACGAGCAGCCGAAUGUCACAGUACGACGUUCCUCCGAUGUCCAUCGUAAGUCCGAACGGAAUCGAAGGUGCUGAGAUCAUGCGAAGAUUGUCGAGAGUUAGAGAGCUGAAGGAAUGGGAGAGAUCGUUGAUUAUGAGCCGAAAAAACUCGACGAGCAGCAGAAGAGGAUCAAGGAGUAGCAGACGUAGAUCUACUAGUAGCAGAAGAAGGUCAUCUGUCGGUUAUUCGACUUCAAGUUCUAGUGGUUCCAGUUCUGAUUCUGACUCCGAAUCCGACUCCGACUCCAGUUCAUCCGGAUCUGGCACUUCCGACUCGGAUAGUGACAGCAGCUCGAGUUCGGGAUCCGAGACCGAGACCGAGAAUAGCAGAGAGAGAAAAACGUCGAGAUCCGCCAAUGCAGCGUCGAAAUACAAUAACGCUGGUAUUGACCGGAUCGACGGCGGUAGAACAUCGCAAUCGAACGGCGGUAUGGCUUUCGCGAUGGACGGUGACAGGGUUCGGAGGCAGAGGAAAAAUGAUGCUUCGUCGGCGAUUUGUGCGAUUCUUUAAAAGAGAUGUGAAUCUCAUAUUUGAAACAAAAUCGCAUCAUGUUCUGAACGUUGAACUUUGGAAAGUUCAUGUACAUGUAUUUGUACAAUGGUGGUAUAAUGACUCUAUAACAUACAUUGCUGUGAAGACAUGGGAAAUAGGAAACUAAUACAUGGUGAUUUAUCUUUUGACAAUCAGCUCUUCGUCAAUUAUUUCUAUUAUUAACAUAACUCAUAACAGGCAGAACUUAUAUUUGUAUAGUUAUUCAUCUUUUGUUUAUAUUUGUCUUAUCUGUUUUUUUUAAUUUUUUUUUUUUAAUAUGUUUUAUCUUUCAUUUACAUUAUACCAGGAAUGUUUUGGGAUCUACGCUUGUACAAGCCCUAAGGGCGUUAUUUAUGUAGUUCCCCAUUUCAUUUUAUGAAUAUGUUCAUGAAUUAUUUUGUAUCUUUUGUAUCAAUGUAAUUUUAAACCAAGAAUGAAAUAAAUGAGAAUUGAAUUGAAUUGAAUUGAAUAUAUAAUGAUGAUUAUGGAAGAUAGAAAGAAACAAAUUAAUUUUUAUCAUAUAAAUAGUAAUCGCUGUUGAGGAUGAGAAGAGAGCUUCUUUUAGCGUAGAAGUAUAAUCCCAAAUACAUAAUGCAAUGUCGGAGGUUUUGUAACUAAUCACAGAAGCAUGUAUGAACCAGGAAUUAUGAGCUUUUCGCUCUCUGUGUCUUCCACUAUGCCACAUAAUACAACAUGAUAUGACCAAUUGUAAGUUUCAAAGAUUGUAAUAAAUGAUAUCGCGGCUUGUAUGGAAAUUUUCAUAAAAAUGCCAUUUUUGAGGGGUAAUUUUUAUAACUGAUAGAGUUUACACAGGGCCUAUAGUUUUUUUCCUUCCAGUGAAUUCAAUAUUUUAUUAAUAGAACAAAGUACAGGUGUUUAGAUUUGUUAAUGUUUCGAACACUGUCUACGUACGUAAUCGAUCAUCACUGCAAGAAUGGCUUUGAUUCCACGUAAUCUUAACGUACUUAUUGGACAUAUAGAAUUGUAUAAAUUUAUGAAUAAUAACAAAUUGUAUUAACAUAAUUUAGGUUGAGAAGUAUUGCAAUGAACUGAUUUAUAUUUUUUAAUUUUUUUUGUUGAAAUAAAAUUUAUUCAGAAUUCUCAAGGCAAAUUUACAAAAGUACACAAGACAAAAUAAUUGAUUUGAAGGCAACACGCAUUACACAGUAAGACAAGUAUUACAUAAUAAGUGUUAUAGCAUGUUUCAAUUCAGUUGUACACCUCUCCAUCUUAAAUAAUCCGUUCUUAAAUAAUCCAUAAGAUAAUGUACUAUUUUUACUUUUUGUAAAGAAUAUAUAUUUUUUGCGUAUAAAAUAAUAAAAUUGAAGUGACAGAAAUUC